GAGAUGUCCCCAGUCAAACUUUUCAUCAAGAAUCAAAUGAGAUCACGACAGAUUUUCAGACAAAAAAACAUGUCUAAUAGUGGCAAGAAUAAGAGUAAAACACAGAAAGCUGAAACUAAAACAUGGAAAUCACUGACAAUGGAUGGGAAUCUGUACCAAAAGAUAUUGGCAAGCAAAAGUUUUGAAGAGCUUGAAGUACUGGCUGAAGAACAUCAUGUUCUCCCAAUUGCAGAACCACCAGAAGUUACGGUCUUCACACACAAACGAACUGUAAACAGGGUUUCCAUGUCAUUGGUUCCUAAUGAUGAUGACAGUCUGCUUGAUAUGUUUCCAACUCUCAUAUAUGGAGAUGGAAACUGUUUGCCUAGGUGCGGAAGUUUGUUUGCCUAUGGCUCUGAAGAUAAACAUAUAGAACUUCGCAUGAGAAUAGUUCUUGACCUGGUACAUAAUAAGAAUGACUAUUUACAGACGCCAUCAGCUAAGAAGUUUGCAAUGUUUUCGGAUUUAUACAUGGGUGAAAAGUUAACACCAGAUGCGAUAGAACAACUAUUAGAGCAGGAAGUACUUGCUAUCAGUGAGAUUGGAAGUUUCAUGGGGGCAUGGCAAAUGGCUGCUUUAUCAAAUGUACUUUCCUGACCGGUGUGUUCUGUGUACUCAGUAUAUGGGGGUCAAACUGUUAGGAACGACCUAGACCGACUACUCUUCUUGCCUUUGGAGAACCAUUCUCAACUGACACCUGUUCACAUAAUGUGGACUAACAUCCAUGGCAGUAACAUUCCACAAAAUCAAUGGCGACCAAUUCACUUUGUAACCAUGAUGCCUUUCGCGCCAAGAACAGAAUCUGCAGUUGUCGAAGAAGACAGUACAUCUGUACUUGGCGAUACAGUGGCGUUUGAUGAUUCCGCUGAUGCGCUGAAAGGGGAUCUCGAUAUAUCAUCUCUUCUUUCCAAUUUGGAAUGUGACACCAUGGCAUUUGAAGAUUCUGCAUUUGAGGAUUCCGCUGAUACGCUGAAAGAUCUCAACAUAACAUCUCUUCUUUCCAAUUUGGAUUGUGACACCAUGGAGGUGGGUGAUUCCUCAAUUUCAGAUAACCGCAUUCACAAACCAAAAGCAAACAGCAAGUUCCAAAAUCCAGAGGUUGUGGAAAACCCAGAUCAGCAAGAAUGCAGUUCCCUUGGUGCAUGGGUUCAGUUUUAUGAAGAGAAGAGGUUAUGGAGUCUAAAGGAAAAGAAGCUUUUUGUUUGUUAUGAAGAUAUUGUUGGACUCAUAUCCCAGCCUAAAUUGUUCAUGUUAGGCUCACGUGUAUACUAUGAUUUUUAACAAGCUCUCUGUGCUGAACAUAGGCUUCCUUAAACACUGAUCAUUGUGAACCCUGAGCUGAUCAGAUGUAUUGUUGCAAUUACACCUCAGCUACAUUGUACUGAAGUGAAAUCUGUCCAUUCCUUGUCAGGAAGACCAUUCUCAGUGAAUUGUUUAGUAGACUAUUUUAAAAUGUUUCUCUCCACUUUUUCAAUUGGCAAAGGGAUAGAAGCACUGAUUGUUCCAAAAUAUAUUUGGUAAACAUAUUAUUGUUACCAUUCUUUUGAAAAUUGAAAAUGUACCUAUAUAUUAUAAGUUGUAUGCUUCUCUCGAGGGUAAUACGGUCAGAUGUACGCCUCUUUGU